ACUGUUAUUCUUCUUUCAGAGGUUAGUGUUCCUCCAAACCUCACCAAGAUGGUUUCCUCUGGAGCAGGCUGUCGGCUUCUGGCACUACUCUUGGCAGUACUUAUGGGCGCUGCGCGUGCCUGCGACGAUGACCAUUUCACUUGCGACAACGGUCAGUGCACGAUGCCGUAUCUGAUCUGUGACGGAGUCACCGACUGUGAUGAUGGAAGCGACGAAAAGCCUGGAAAAUGUGACAGUGCUGCCGCCGCCACGUUGUCCGUCGGGGAUGCGUUGCUGGCCACAGUGCAGUACCGGUUUGAGCACAAGGGCGUCGUCUUUCGGCUGUGCAAUGACUCCUGGUGCAGCGCUCUGUACGUGUGGGGCGCCAACUCCAAUGGGACCCUCAAGUACUUCCAAGACACUGACUGCAACGUCUGGGGCGCGUACUGCUCGUCGUCCAUCGAGAGCCAAACGGACGGCUGGGAGUACUUCCCCACGAGUGAACUAGCGUUCGUAUUGGAGAGGCGUUCAACAUCUCUUGCAUUGUGGCGGCUGGGUGACAUCGAGCACAGCGUUUCUGUACCUGUUACGGCUGACAGCCAUCAUCUUCGAAUCAGGCCGGAAAAUUGGAUGAAAGACAUGCCAGUCACUCUAAACGUCUCGUUUACGACCGUGACCGCCCCUCCAUCGACGGGGCGUACGUCAACGUCGUCAGGCAUGACAACACCGAUCUCGUCAACGCCCAGUCCAUCAGCAGCGAACUUCGCGCACAUUGGUUUUCCUUUCGUGGCAUUAGCAUCUCUUCUACUGCUAUUUGGUCGCUGAAAACGGAGACUUUGCCGAAAACACUAAAUGUUUCGGUCGAAUUUUUUUCGUGUACUGUAACUUGUACGAUUUUGUGGAUACGUGGUUUUUAUGGGUAAAAAUGUUUUAAUUAAAGCACAAUUUUAUGCACAAUGGUGCGCAGGUUUAAAUUAAUGCAUCAGCACAAACACGUAAAAAGUUGUACAUUAACAUUUAGUGUGUGGGUUCCCGCAUCAUCAUUCUGUUUUGUACGUUACUCUGUGCUGGCAGAUAUUCAAUAAAACUACAGGAAAAGUGGA